CCUCCCUCACUCUCCAACAGAUCCAUUACUCUACGGCCAUCGCAUCCAUCUCAGACCGAUACAUAACCAACAAAAACAUUGACCACACUUGAAAACAAAACAAAAAAAAAUCCUACCAUCAAUCAUGAACUGUCUCGUCUUCGCCGCUUGCUUCUUGGCCGCCCUCCAGUCAGCACUCGCUAUCCCGACGGUUCUUGUCCCACGAGCAGACCAGAACGCAGCCUCCCACAAAGGACAAUCGAACGAGAAGUGCUUGAUUGUCUCCUGCUUCGGCACGUUUGGGAACAGCUUCUACGGCCCCUGGGGCUUUGGCAGCUCCUACCUCGCAAACCCUUACUUCAACAAUAACUACUACUAUCCUGGUGGCCUCGGAUUCAACUUAGGACUGGGAUUCAACACCGUCGGUGGAGGCAGUUAUGGAUUGUUCAAGAAGGACGCUUCGGAAACUCCCAAACACGAAGAUCACUUGGUCUGAAAUUGGAAUUUUUGCUUCAUUAUAAAUCGUCCUAAUGGCUACUGAACCGUUGAUGUUAUCUUCCAAUAUUUAUGUUUUCCUCACAUCAAAACAGUCCUCUAAUCUAAUAAUUAGCCUCUCCAAAACCCUUUGAAUCCUACCAUGUACACUUAGAAUAAUGGCCUAGAACAUGAUUUUUUUUUCUUUGGAAUAUUUAAUUCUAGUUUCUUGUAUCAUUACUUUGAAGGCAACAAGUUAUCGCGCAGAAU